AUGAAUAAUAUGAUAAGAAGUAGUAUUUCAAAUAUUAUUAAAGGUGCUACAUAUACACAACGUUUUGCAUCUACAUCAACAACAACACAAGUUGCAUCAGGAUCAACCAUAAUCAAUAACAAUAAAAGAGGAUUAAAAGACUUUUUUGAACAUACAUAUCCAAUUGGAACAUAUCCAUUAGCAGGUCGUUCAUGGGCUGCUUCUGAUCUUCGUGGUAAAUCUUUCAAUGAUUUACAUGAACUUUGGUUCGAAUUAUUAAAAGAAAGAAAUAAGCUUUUAACUGAAAAAGAAAUAACUAAAAAUAAUCAACUUCAAAAUCCACAACGUGUUACAAAGGUUAGAAAAUCAAUGGCAGCAAUUAAAGUAGUUUUAGGUGAAAGAGAUCAAUUAAGCAAAAGUUUAUAUUUAUUAGCAAAAGCAAGUCAAGAUGGAAAUCACAAAAAAGUUAAAGAAUUAAAAGAAAAUAUUAAAAGAUUAAAUAAACUUGUUGGUGCUGUUUCUCUUAAACCAGGUUUAAAAGAACUUGAAAGUUUACAAGAUACCAUCAAAGUAGAUGAAACUUUAGAAAAGAAUAUAGAUUUAUUAUUAAAACAAAACUAA